CGCCGGAGCUUGCUUUCUCGGCCUUAGUGCCUACUGAAAAGUCGGUCGGUAGCUAUAAAUUCGUAAUCUAUAUAUAUAAAUUGUUUAUAUUCAAUCGAAAUAGUUAAUCAGUGAACAUUAACUGUGCGAACAACAAUUAUUCGUGAACGGACGCAGAAGUCUUACUGUGCCGCCUGGACUCGGAUACUUUGGAACUGGUCGUUUGCUUCUUGCUUGCCAGUUCGUCGCUUCGUUGGUUCCUCAAUGAUGAUCUCUGGCUUGCUGUUGCUUUGAUUUGAUUGGUGCCACAGUUGCCAUCUGCCAUCUGCUACUUCUCUACGUUGUUGUUGCAUUAUACUGUUACUAUUACUGUGCUUGCUAUUGUUGUUGCCGUCGUGCCAUUACUAUUACUAGAAGUUGCCGCAGUUGCUGAGGCUGCGUUACACUUUGAAUAUCGGUCAAUGGUAACGGGCUUUUAAGCAGGUGCAACUGCAACUGCUGCCAGACAAGGAACCAGACACAGACAACACAGCACAGCACAACUAGCGGGACUGCGAGGGAGAGCUGAAGGAAUAUAAAAACAUGUCACUUAAGAAAGAAACACCCUCGGAUGUGAUGUUGCAUCUGGCGGCGCUACGUGGAGAUGUCGUUGAGCUGCGUCGAGUGCUGGAUACUGGGAAAGUGCAUGUGGACUGUAAGGAUGAGGACGGCACCACACCACUAAUUCUGGCUGCGGCGGGCGGACAUAUCCAUUGUGUAUUGGAGUUGCUGGAACAGGGCGCGGAGUUGAACUCUCGACGAUCCACAGGCACCACAGCGCUCUUCUUUGCCGCACAGGGCGGGCACUUGGAUGUGGUGCGCAUUUUGCUGAAGGCACGCGCCAAAGUGGACACGCCAUCGUUGGACGGUGGCACGCCCCUCUUUGUGGCCGCUCAAGGCGGACAUGUGAAGAUUAUCAGAGAGCUGUUGGACUGUGGCGCCGAUGUGAAUGCCUGCAUGAAGGAUCGCGCUUCGGCGGCAUUUAUUGCGGCUCAGAAUGGACAUCGUACGGUGUUGUCUCUGUUGAUCCUGGCGCAUGCAUCGAUGGAUAUCAAACGCAUCGAUGGCGCCACACCACUAUGGAUAGCCGCCCAAAUGGGACACGAUCAUAUCUGCAAAGUGCUGCUGCAAAACGGCGCCAAUGUGGACACUGUGCGCUGUGAUGGUGCCACGCCACUCUUCAAAGCCGCCCACAAGGGUCACGCCUCGGUUCUAACUGUGCUACUCAAAUAUCGGCCCAAUUUGGGCAUCCUACCCAACGGCGAGUCGGCGCUCCAUGCGGCUGCCAUGUUCGGGCAUAUGACCGUGUGUAAACAGUUGGUUGCUGCCGGCAGUGAUGUAAUGUUGAAGAAUCAGGAUGGUUUGACGGCCAUGGAGUUGGCGCACCAUGAGAACUAUACGUCGAUCUGUGAAUAUCUGAGAGAUCGUAUGCGAACAGUCAUGCAACGCAAUACAUCCGCGUUGGCCAAGAUGCGGCUAUCGACGUAAAGUCAAAAGCGGUGGAGUCGCAGGAAUGACCAAAAAUAAAAAACCCCUUCGAAGUACCUUUUUGCACAAUA